AUGAAUGGUGAAAAUAUGAAGAUAGAAAAAUUAUGUUCAGAGUUGAUAAUUAAGCAUGAAGAUAAUGAUGAAAUGUUUAAAGAAUUUUAUUCAAGCAAUCAUAACAUGUAUGACGACGAUAUUGAUAAUAAAAUAGAAAUUAUAGACAAGGAACGAAUUAAAAUUGAACAAGAAUUACAUUCAGAGCUAAUGAUUAAAGAUGAAGAAGAUGAAGAUUACAAUGAAGUGUUGGAAGUAACUAAUUCGGAUCAUACUGGGGAAAGGAUUUUCACAUAUAAUGUGUGUGAUAAAAAAUUUACCCGAAAGAACAAUUUAGAUAGGCAUAUACGAAUCCAUACUGGGGAAAAACCUUUUACGUGUAAUGUUUGUGAUAAAAAAUUUACCCAAAAGAACAAUUUAGAUAGCCAUAUACGAAUUCAUAAUGAGAAAAAACGUUUUACCUCUCCCAUAAAUAAAAAGGCAGCUGCAAGUCAAAAGAACACAGUUCAGGAUAUGUGUUCAUAA